GUCUAGCAGCAGGGGUGCAGAGGUAUAAAUGCACCCUGGAUAUAGAUGGGACAGACAAAAUAACACUGAAUCACAUCCUGUCAACAGCUUUUCUCAAUUUGUUUUUUAAGCUUUUGAAGCUUGAUUGAAGAGAUUUAGAACCAAAGCAUUUGGUCAAGAAAUGGAUAACUGGAAGAUCCAGCUUGUUGUUGUGACUUUUUGUGCUUUGUUACAAAUCUAUCAGGGACUGUCUUCUAGUGUGGAAGAGGAAGGAGGAUUAUCUAGAGUCUGGCAGGAUGAGUCACUGGAGACAGACCUGGCCCACCCGAUAGCCACUCUGAUGAAGAGAUCUAAAGCCCUUCGCUUCUACGGACUCAUGGGGAAACGCUCAGGUACUAAGAAACCCUUUAAAGUAGAUAGACGAAAUAAAGGCGAGACAUUUGUGGGCCUGAUGGGAAGAAGCAUUUCCAGUGGUGGUGAGCACAAACACCAAGAAACAAAAUCUUUAAUUUCUUUCAAAAUAUCAAUGUAG